UUGAACAUUGCCAUAUGUUUUUACAUUAUUCAAUCAAAUGGACCUGCCUUUUCGGAAAAGCUAAUCACACGUCCAACAGGUUCUUUGUUUAAAAGAAAUUUUUUGUCAAACGAUGAUAAAAACUUAGACAAAAACUUAAAUGACUUGCUAACUUCAAAGUAUUUUCAAAAAAAGCAGGAAGCGAGGGAGGUAACAUUUGAGUUGGAAAAUAAUUUUCUUUCGUUAAACCUGACUCCUCUGAGUCAUAAUGUUUAUUCUCUCAAUACAUCCAUAUGGACCGUCAAAUCUGAUGUGCAUGAAAAAAUUGGCCGUAUUUUUAAAAAAGAAACUACUACGUUGAACAAACAGUUUUAUCAAGAUUUACAAAAUAAGGCAAUUGUGUAUGAAUAUAAUGAUAAUUAUUAUGACGGGGUUUUUGGUGAGGGUAGCAAGAAAAAAACAAUAAAAUCUCUUCCAGGAAUAUCACGUAAAGUACAUUUAGAUGAUCAGAUGCCUUUGCAAACCAGAAAAAAAAAUGUUACAUCGAUCGAAUCCCUUAAAACUCAGGAUUUUGUUAAAUUUCAUAAAACGGAAAAAUCUCUGGAAAUCUUACAUCCAAAACUUAUUUUGAUAAUAGAAUGGAACUACUUUAAAAUGUUAAAUGAAAGCGUUUCUGAUGCAACAAAAUAUUUGUCUAUAUUUUGGAAUGCUGUUAAUUUAAAGUACAAAGAAAUUUCAACGCCUCAAGUAAAAGUAAUUAUCACUGGAAUUUUCAUAGCUAAGGAUGAUGCUGCAAUAGACUUUAUUCUUAGAUCUCGUAAUAAAGAAAAUCCACAAAAAUUUGAUGAAUUGAAACUCCUUAGUCUUGGGAAUGAAUAUUUUGGUCGCACAUUCAAAAAAGAAGCCAACUUCAGAAAUUAUGAUUCUGCAGUUUUAAUGACGAAUUUCACAGCUGGAUCAACUCGUGGAGGUACCAUCAGAGGUCAAAUUUGUAAUAAGAACAUCAUCUACGUUUCUGACGAUGCCAAUUACGGUGGAAUCGCAAAAGCUAUUCACGAGCUUGCGCAUUCAUUUGGUUUGAGUCAUGACAGCAAAAAUCCCCUAAGAGGGUCUCCAAGUAGAAGCUUAAUGGAACCUUAUACCACUUCGCCUGAAACAUACUACUGGUCAGAUCAGAGUUUGGAA